GUACACGUGUCAAAUUCCCUCACCAAUUGCAACACUGCAUGGCUUUGCAUGUCGCCAUGUUACCCACACUUUCUACUCCAUUUAAACCAUAUUCCAAAAUCACACUAUAUAUAAAAAUGUCCCUUCAUUCAACCUGCACCGUAAGAAAGAAGUAAAGAAAGCUCUGCAACUGCAUUCGUCUUUUCCUAAUUAAUUACCCAUGAGCAAGUUCUUCUUCUUCUUUCUUUUAAUCAUUUUUCCGGUUCUGGGGGUUUCCGCCGGAGAUGAUUGCGGCUAUGUUUCCGGCCGCUCCGAGGGCCAAGACCGGUCGGAGGCCUUGAAGUAUAAGGUGAUAGCGGUGGCUUCAAUUCUCUCAAGCGGGGCGGCCGGCGUCACGCUGCCGCUGGUUGGGAGGACGUUUCCGGCAUUCUCGCCGGAGAGUAAACUGUUCGUCCUGGUGAAGGCGUUUGCCGCCGGCGUGAUCUUGGCCACCGGGUUCGUCCACGUGCUCCCGGACGCGUUUGAGAGCUUGGGCAGUCCGUGUCUGCCCGAGAAGCCGUGGGGCGGUUUCCCCUUCCCCGGCCUGGUGGCCAUGCUGGCGGCGAUCGCCACCAUGAUGGUGGAUUUGGCGGCGACGAGCUAUUACAGGAGGGCCCAAUCUGAUUGUAAUAAGCCCAAGCCCGUUAACGAUGAAGAGAUGUUGGGCCAGCAUCCCGUUCCGGUUCAUACCCACGCCACCCAUGGGCAUGCCCACGGUUCGCUGCCGUCACCCUCCGGCGAGUCCGACAUCACAAGGGGGCGCGUCAUCUCACAAGUGUUGGAAUUGGGGAUCGUAGUUCACUCGGUAAUAAUUGGGAUAUCUUUGGGUGCAUCCGUAUCAGCAAAUACAAUCAAACCUCUUGUCGUGGCCUUGACCUUCCAUCAACUCUUUGAAGGCAUGGGACUUGGGGGCUGCAUUGUUGAGGCACGAUUUGAAGCUCGAGCAACGAAAUACAUAAUGGCAACAUUCUUCUCCCUCACGACCCCAAUCGGAAUUGCAAUAGGAUUUGGGAUCUCAAAUAUCUACCACGAAAGCAGUCCGACAGCCCUAAUCGUGGAGGGCAUUUUGAACUCGGCAUCGGCGGGGAUUUUGAUAUACAUGGCCCUCGUUGACCUCAUCGCUGCAGAUUUCAUGAGUGCUAGAAUGCAACACAAUUUGCGUCUUCAAAUGGGAGCUAACGUCUCUCUCUUACUAGGAGCUGCCCUAAUGUCACUCCUCGCCAUCUGGGCGUAAUUAAUAAUUAUUCGCAAAAAUGAUAAUCGUAUGUUAAUUUACGUACAAAAAAUCAUUUGUAAACUAUGUGUGUUCUUUGAAAAUUAUUAUCUGUGUGUAUACAAAUUCAGGUUUAUAGCAUCGAUCAUUCUUAACUUAGGAUGCAUAAUCCCUAAUAAUUAAUUGUAGUAUAU